UUUGUUUUUAUGUUGAAGUGACUGUCUCUGCUCCUGUAUUGCUGUUGGUCGCUACUACAACUUUAAAGCCGUUUCUUGCUUUGGUUUUGUUGUUGAUGAGCGUCUUUUAAUAAAAAUGAAAACUCACCAUGUAAGCUUCUGCAAAAGACCAACCCGUAAUGCCUGCUCGCCCGCCGUAUAAUUAAGGCUUCACUCCUCUUAACUUUUUCACUUUUGGUCAACACCAAAUUUUAACCCAUCCUGUUUGGGUUUUAAGUGAAGCCAUUGUAAAAUACGCAUGCUUUACAUUUAAUUUAUUCUUUGAUACAAAUAGCAAUAGCAAAAAGUUUAACCUGCAUUUUUAAAGCUGCCCUUUGCUUCGAUUACAGCUUUAGUUUUUUUCUGUGUAAUGGAAAUGUUUACAGAUUCUUCUGGCAAAGCAGCUGAAGCUCAAACAGAAUGUACAGAGUGUCCAAGUCCUAAAUAUACUUUCAACUGAACUAAACUCCUAAACAGGGCUUAGGAAAUCUUCCAAGACAAGCCAAUAUUCCAAGAUUUGAACCUCGUUUUAAACUUUUCAGCUGGCCUCCUUGUGUCCCUUGGUCUUCAGGAUGCUGUAUGUCCACUAAUGUUCUCAAACCUCAAACAUCUGGAUUUACACCGAGAUACCCUACAUAAGGGUGGACUCCAUCAUUUGGUGAUAUCGUGUAUUAUUUUUCCUUCCUCCUGCGGUGUGAGGAGGCGUUGAACUAAACUUUUAUCAGGUCCAAAUGAUGCUGAAACCUUGCGUGCAUUUUUAUGUCUUUGAGCAGUUCAGAGAUGGAGCUGCAGCUUCCUCCUCACGAGGGAGUCGAGCUCUCUGUGGUCGACAUGCACACAGGAGGGGAACCGCUCCGCAUCGUUGUCGCCGGCUACCCAGAGGUCAGAGGUGACAGCGUGCUCUCCAAGCGCAGGUACGCCCGCGAGCACCUGGACCACCUCAGGAAGGUGCUGAUGUUCGAGCCCCGGGGUCACUACGACAUGUACGGGGCCUUGAUCGUGGACAGCGAGACGCCCGAGGCCGACCUGGGGGUGCUGUUCAUGCACAACGAGGGCUACAGCACGAUGUGCGGACAUGCCGUCAUCGCCCUGGGACGCUUCGCCGUGGACUACAAGCUGGUGAAGGAGCCGCGCUCGCCGGAGACGCAGGUGAACAUCCACUGCCCCUGUGGGCUGGUGAAGGCCUUUGUGGAGUACUCUGCUGGUAAAACAGGAGCGGUGAGGUUUCUGAGUGUGCCGGCGUUUGCCUUUGCAACAGAUGUGACGGUGACGGUGGAAGGAUUUGGUGAGGUGACGGUGGACAUCAGCUACGGGGGAGCUUUUUAUGCUUUUGUUGAUGCAGAGAGGUUUGGUCUGGAUGUGAAGCAGUCCAGGACUCGGGUUCUGGUGGACGCAGCAACUGCGGUGACUAGAGCCAUUAAAUCCCAGGUGAAACUGCACCAUCCAGUUAGCGACGACCUGGCUUUCCUUUACGGCACCAUCCUCACAGACGGCAGAGACCAGUUCUCGCCCGAGCCCACCGCCAACAUCUGCGUGUUCGCCGAAGCUCAGGUGGACCGAAGCCCUACUGGCUCAGGUGUUACAGCUCGAGUUGCUCUUCAGUACCACAAAGGUCUCAUCCAGCUGAACCAGACCAGGACAUUUCAGAGCGGCGCCACCGGAUCCCAGUUUACAGGAAAAGCUGUUGAGGAGACCAGAUGCGGCGACUUCAGGGCAGUUGUGGUGGAAGUAGCCGGCCGAGCUUUCUACACCGGGGUUUCACGCUUCGUACAGGAGCCGCAAGACGAGCUGACCCACGGGUUUCUGCUAAAGUGAACGUUGUCGUCACUGGAAGUGAAAUCCCCUUAGAAAAUACAGCGAACCGACCACUAGGUGGAGCCAGAGGUCAGGUUGAUAUGAGCGUCAAAGAUUUUGUGGUGCGAGAUGUUCAGCUACAGAUUUUUAACCAAAACAAAAGUUAAAGUUGAAUAAAGACAGAACUCAAGCGCAAUUUCUCCCAUUUAUUAUUACUAUUAUUAUUAUUAAUAAUAUCCGAUCAAAUGGAAGGCAGUAUUUAAAUUAUAAAAGUUGAGUGGGGAUGUUUUGACGCUGGAUCGAUUCACAGAGCUGAAAUUCAAAUACAUAGUUACCUAUACAUGGGUUUUUAAAUGCAGUGUAAGUCCAGCCAGUGUGCUGAAAACAUACUUAAUUUGUUCAAAUAACGACAUUAAAGUGGGGCAACUCUCAUUAUGGGUAGGGAAAUAUAGUUCAAGAAUUGUUUUCUGUUCUUAAAAUGGUAUUUAGCAUAAGAAUUAUACAUUUCUAUGUGUGUGUGUGUGCAAGCACACACCCUUAUAUUUGGAUAUAUGCUGUUUAUGACAUGAGUGUUCACACAUGUUGAGAGGCUGCAGGUUGUGAGAGUACCCCACCCAACAAAGAAAAACCAACGCAGUCAAGGCCAGCUCUUAACAGGAGAAUGUUCAAAUGAAACAUAUACACACAUAUAUAUAAUAAAUGCUCCCCAUCAGUAAUGAAUAGAAAAAUCCCUGCUUCUCUAUUACUUUCAGUUUGUGUCCCAACAACGCAGAGUCUCAGUCCUCUGAUGUUUCUGCAACAGCAGAGCAUCAAGUCUGUCUGGGACACCACAGGUAGCAGAACCUGGCCGCCUUUCGAUCUAUGAAAUCAGUCUGUACAAAAUGGCCUCUCCCGGCUCCGGAUGAGUCUAAAAGCUGCACGUUUCAGUUUUGUGCAUAGAUUCCGAUGUAGAAAAGCAGCACGAAAAGGGAUCUUAUCAAACAACCGCAAGCAUCUCCCACACCUGGAGGGAGGCUGUUCUCCAGCUUUGUCUGAACAAGCUGAUCUGAUUUGGUCAACGUUUAAUCAGUGUUUGGUUUCCGCCCCCUCUCUUAUGGCAAUCUAACAGAAUAAGAUAAAAAAA